AUGGCUCCCAAACGAAAGACACGAAGCGCUGGAGGAUCCAAUGGACUCAAGAAGCAGAAGACAAACAAAGGUGCAAAACCAACGCAGCCCCAAAUACCUGUCGACGAAGGGUUUGAGGAAGGCGGUAAAGUACAUAUUCACGCCGAUACCAACGGAACCAUAUGGGAUGCAUCCCUCAAUCUGAGCAACGUGUCUGGAAACAACAACAAGUUCUACAUGCUGCAGCUCCUUGUUGAUGACAAGGAGGACACAUAUUAUGCACACGCGAGAUGGGGAAGAGUUGGCGAGACUGGACAGAUCAAGACUGUAGACUUUGAUGAUCUAGACGACGCUAAGGCGGAGUUUGGCAAGCGUUUCAAGAGUAAAACUGGGUUGGAUUGGGAGAACCGCACUGGCGAGCCGAAAACAAACAAGUACACGUUCGUUGAACGAGCCUAUGAGAACGACGGUGAUAGUGACGACAAUGGAGGCGGACCGCGAAACUGCGGUGCCAAGCAAGCCAAAAGUGAGCUUGACAUGCCAACGCAGAGGCUCAUGGAAUUGAUCUUCAACGAGAAUCACUUCAACUCCGUACUAGAGGAGAUUGGCUACAACGCCGACAAACUGCCUCUUGGAAAACUCGGGAAGUCGACCCUGAAGAAGGGCUUCGAGGAACUGAAGGAACUUGCCAGCUUGAUCAAGCACCCAAGCCUCGCACAGAACAAGUAUAGCCGAGAUCGUGAUGAGGUGAUUGAAGAAUGGACAAACAAGUACUAUUCGACCAUUCCGCAUGCGUUCGGUCGGAAUCGCCCACCAAUGAUCGACAAUGACGAUAUCCUGCGCAAAGAAGUGGCAAUGCUGGACACUCUCACCGACAUGGAGGUCGCGAACACAAUCAUGCGGGCGAAUGAUAAGUCCAAGGACUCUGCAUCGGUGAACCUUCUCGAUUCCCAUUUUAAGGGACUUGGUAUGAAGGAAUUCACCCCUCUGGAGCGCAAAUCAGACGAGUACAAGCAGCUCUCCAAGUAUCUCCUGGAUUCAAGUGCAGCGAGCCACGGGCUGAAAUACCGGCUGCAGGACAUCUUCCGCAUAGAACGUCCUGGCGAGCAUGAUAGGUUUGAGAAGAGCACGAAGGAGCUGAAGGACUCCAGCCGGUUGCUGUUGUGGCACGGCUCGCGGACUACGAAUUUUGGUGGCAUCCUUUCCCAAGGUCUGCGCAUCGCACCGCCAGAAGCUCCUGCCAACGGCUAUGCCUUCGGAAAGGGCGUCUACCUGGCAGACCUGUCCUCCAAGUCGGCCAACUAUUGCGUGGCCUCGAUGAGCGGUGGCGUUGGCUUGCUGCUCCUGGUAGAAGCAGAACUCAGCAACCCCAUGUAUGAAAUCGACUCGGGAGACUUCAACGCAGCCGAGCUGGCGAAGAAGAAGAAUUGUAUCGCUACCAAAGGAGUCGGAAAACUGGGGUACAACAAGUGGAAGGACGCAGGAUCAGUGCACGCAGCCUUGAAGGGUGUGAAAAUGCCUGACGGCAAGCCGGGUAGCAACCCAAACCAUAAAGGGGGAUAUCUCCAAUACAACGAGUAUAUCUCCUACAACGUGGAGCACCUGAAGCUGAGAUAUCUGUUCAAGGUUGCAAUGUAG